AUGGCUAACGUUAUUCAGGAGUAUACAGGUCCACUUUUAGAACAAUACCCUGUAUUGAAGGAGUAUGUUCCUAAUUUAGAUCGUCCAUUCUUUAAUAUUUCUCUAUGGAACAAUUUUGAUUUUGCUGUUACAAAAAUUACCAAUGGUAAAUUUACUCCACAUGAAUUUGAGUUUGUUGAAGGUGAAUUACCUUUAAGUACUUUACCAAGUGUUGCUGCCGCCAUUGCUACUUACUAUUUAGUAAUUUUUGGUGGUAGGGAACUUUUGAGAGGUUUCCAACCAUUUAAAUUCAAUUUUAUGUUUCAAUUGCAUAACUUGAUGCUAUCUUCUGGUUCUUUGCUCCUAUUAGCUUUGUUUAUUGAACAAUUAACUCCAAUGUUAGUUCGUCAUGGUUUAUAUUACAGUAUUUGUAAUAUUGGCGCUUGGUCUCAACCUAUGGUUACUUUAUAUUACAUGAAUUAUAUUGUUAAAUUUAUUGAAUUUACUGAUACCGUCUAUUUAGUUCUAAAACAUAAGAAAUUAACUUUCUUACAUACUUAUCAUCAUGGUGCUACUGCUUUACUUUGUUACACUCAAUUGAUUGGUACUACUUCUAUUUCUUGGGUUCCAAUCACUUUGAACCUAGGUGCUCAUGUCUUAAUGUAUUGGUAUUAUUUCUUAGCUGCCAGAGGUAUUAGAGUUUGGUGGAAAGAAUGGGUUACUAGAUUCCAAAUUAUUCAAUUUAUUUUGGAUAUUGGUUUCAUUUAUUUUGCAUGUUAUCAAAAGGUUGCAUCAGAAAUCUUUACUACAUUACCUCAUUGUGGUGAUUGUGUUGGUUCCACAAUGGCUUCUUUAGCUGGUGUAGGUAUCAUCUCCUCAUAUUUAGUCCUAUUUGUCAGUUUCUACAUUAACGUUUACAAACGUAAGGAUACUAAGACAAGUAGAGUCAUUAAACGUGCUAAUGGUGGUGUUGCUGCUAAAGUUAACGAAUACGUUAAUGUCGAUUUAAGUAAUGUUAACACUCCAUCUCCUUCUCCAACUCCUGUUGCUAGAAGAAGAACCUAG